AUAAAAUCUCCACUUUGCGAGUUGCUGAGCCCUUUACUAAUCAAGACGGACAAAUAUAUAGAAGCUCCUCCCACUGCAGUUUGCCUAUAAAUACCGGAAGAUUCUUGUCAGUCUGCAAGUGGAGGGAGAACACAGAGAAAAUGAGUGAUCCAGAAACCAGCAUAAUGGACCAAGAAGACCUAAGUGAUCUGAUGGAAGAGAGCGAGGAGAGUGAAGAAAUGAGUGAAGUGGAAAAGAAGCGGCGUCAUGUCAAAACACCAAAAACAUCACAAACUAAAAGUGCCCAAAAGACUUUCAAGUGUCCUCAGUGUGGGAAGAAAUUUGCACGAAAAAGUGGCCUUACUGCUCACGUGAAAAUCCACACUGGAGAGAAACCGUUCUCGUGCAAAGAGUGUGGGAAGAGUUUUUCGAGUAGCGGAUACAUUAAGAGACACAUGAUCAUUCACUCCGGAGAGAAGCCGCACACGUGUGAUCAGUGCGGUAAAAGUUUUGGACUUGCAAGUAGCCUUAAAUCCCACGCUGCAGUUCAUUCUGAAGAAAAACCAUUCAAGUGUGAUCAUUGCGGUGACAGUUUUCGUUGGUUAUCUAGUCUGAGGGACCACCUGAAAACUCAUGGCAAGAAAGAGACUCACGUGUGUUCUGUGUGCGGAAAGAGCUUUGCUCAAUUGAUUCUUUUAAAAAAACACAAGAAAAGACACGAAGUGAAGAACUUCAUGUGUUUUGAGUGCGGGAAGACCUUUGUAAGAAAUUGUGAACUGAAACAGCACCAGAGAGUUCACACCGGAGAAAAACCGUACAAGUGUUCACACUGUGACAAGAGAUUCAGUAACGGAUCGUCUAAAGUAGUACAUGAGAGGAUCCACACUGGAGAAAGGCCGUACUCGUGUGAUCAAUGUGGGCACGCGUUUAGACACACACACGCCCUCGAGUCUCACAAGCGAAUCCACACGGGAGAGAAAUCAUACACUUGUGAUCAAUGCGGGAAGAGUUUUACACAAAAAGCAAGCCUUAGAAUUCACAAGAAAUUUCACAAUGCAGAGAAACCGCACACAUGCGAUCAAUGCGGGAAGAGUUUCACACUUAAAACAAGCCUUAAUGAACACAUGAAGAUCCACACUGGAGAGAAGCCGCACACGUGUGAUCAGUGCGGGAAGAGAUUCAGUAGGUUAAGCUUGCUUAAAUUACAUCUGGCCACCCAUUCUGUAAUCAGACCAUAUCGCUGUGAGAAGUGCGGCAAAGGCUUUACUUGGGAAUCAUGCCUGAAGAACCACCUGAAAACUCAUUCAGAGGAGAAGCCUCAUAAGUGCUCCGUCUGCGGUAAAGGUUUCCGUCUGGCAAAUAGUUUACGAUCACACCAGAAAAGACACACCGGUGUAAAGAAUCACAUGUGCUUUGAUUGUGGGAAGACCUAUUUUACGAAGAAUGAACUGAAGCUGCACCAGAAAGUUCAUUCAGGAGGAGAGUUCUACAAGUGUUUACACUGCGACAUGACAUUCAAGCGGUUAGAUUAUGUGAAAAACCACGAGAAGACCCACACUGUGAGGAGCGAUCCAUCUGAAAGCUCAGAAGAGGAUUAACAAUGAAGUAAGCGGUCUGCCCUUCAUGUGGGAAGAGUUUUUCUUCUGUUCAAGUCAAACAUAAAAAAAACAUGGUUUAAAAAUCACAUUGAACUUCAAAAUGUGUCAAAUUAUGUUUAUAAAAGCUGCAUUUUUUGUAUGAUUCAUAACAGAAAUAUCAUUGAUAGUUGUUGUUUCAAGUGUAAGAUUCAGAACAACUCAACUCCUCCCUCAAUAUAACGAUUUCUCUUAACCCUAUGCUUUUAUAAUAUUAGUAGCCUAUUAGAUAACCUAGAUUAUUUUACAUUAUGAAGUUGGAAAUGAUUGUAUUUUCAUCUCAGGAACCUGGAAAAGGUUUUCACGUUUUUAUUUUUGUGGUUGAAAUAUCCACAUCUUGUCUUCUUUUCUUGAAGUGUUUUGUUUAUCUUUUAUGCCAAUAAAGAACAGUCUGUUUUUACAUUUA